AAAGUAACGAGUUCUACCGCUGCGGGCACAUAAUUGCCGGCUAUUUAUGUAUUUUUGUAUUUUAAAACAAUGUCAAUCUCAACAGGUUCUGGAAUUCCCCCUAAAACAUGGCAACCACCAAAUGUGACGGUGGAAACAAGUAUGGGAACACUAGUAAUAGAGCUUUACUGGAAACACGCCCCAAGCACCUGCAGAAAUUUUGCUGAACUUGCAAGACGAGGGUAUUACAAUGGAGUCAAGUUUCACAGAGUUAUCAAAGAUUUCAUGAUCCAGGGGGGAGACCCAACUGGCACUGGUCGCGGGGGUGCCAGCAUUUACGGCAAGGAGUUUGAUGAUGAAAUACAUGCAGAUCUCAAACACACAGGGGCAGGUAUUCUGUCUAUGGCCAACAGCGGUCCCGACACAAACGGUAGCCAGUUCUUCAUUACUCUCGGACCAACCCAGUGGCUGGAUGGAAAACAUGCCAUAUUUGGCCGCAUUAGCAAUGGCAUGACAUGUGUUCAGAGAAUCGGGCUCGUGGAGACCGACAAUGGUGACAAACCAGUGGACGAUGUGAAAAUCAUUAAAGCUUAUAUCACACCAACCUAGUAAUAAAUGUUAUACCAGUCGCUUGUUCUUGUUCGAGGUUAAUUUCCAUUGUAUGCAAUUGUAAAAGUGCCCUUCCAUUUAAUGG